AUGUUACUUGGUAAAGUAGGUAACAAAUCGAUUGCAUUUAUCAAUCAUAAACCGUUUCAUCCUGGAAAUCUAGUCAACUUGGAAAGAAUUUGGUUAGCUGAGCAACAAGCAAAAGAAAAUGAAAAAAAGCAAAAGGAAAUGUUGGAACGUCGAAAACAUGAAGUUCAAAUCGAAGAGUUACGUAAAACUUUAAGAACAAAAGAACACGAACAAUUAGAAGAGUCGAAACGUCUUACUGAAACAUUACAGUCUAAUUCCAUUUUGAACACAUUUAGUGCAAAAGCUCAAAAAGAUAGUUCAGUUGGGCUUAUUUUACCAAACCACUUAAAACGAAAACGCAAUGAACGAUUUGUUAAAAACCAUCAGAAGAAACAAAAAACAAGGCACUUAUCAGCAAGUACCACAUUUAAAGUUUUAUCGAAAUACAAAGAAGACGUUGUUCAGAACGGUCACGCCAAUGUUUGGGGUUCUUAUUACGAUACUUCUCGGUCGUGUUGGGGUUAUGCAUGUUGUAAAGAUACUCAAAAGGAUUCUAUAUGCCAACAUAACAAGCAAGAAUAA